GUCUCCCUUUCUUCCGGGCGCACAUUCGGCAGCUCGGCUUCGAUACAGCUCCUCCCCUAUGUGGUGGCUCCCGCGACCAGCUCCUUGAACGUGAGGAGUUUAGCUGAAGAGCGCUUUUCUAAAUACCCCGAAAAUCUCACCGACUUCGGGGGGAGUUGGUCCUCGGUUGGAUAGGGUUUUCCCGCUCCGUGCGUUGGACCCAAAUCUCUAACUAUACCAGCGAUGGAUACUUGGCUUGGCUUCAGCCCAGGCUUGCACUUAACUCUGUGUACCUGGCUUCUGAUCUCCGCUCAUACCCAGCUAAAUGCAAAGGCGGAGAUAUCUUGCUCCUCGUGCCAGUCGCCGGUCCAGCUACACCUGGAUGAAUUACAGCUGGAUACCGGUAUGCACGCGGCUACUGGUACGAGGCAGGCGGCCAAAGCACUGGAACGGGUCCGGCUGGAGUACCAGCUACUUGGAGUUACUGACCAAAAUACUGGAGUACCAAGCGAAACCCAACAGGCAGGUGUUCCCGUGGAUGAGCCGAGAUUCACUGACGAUGGAGUUUCCGCCAAAGUCGCUCUGGAAGAUUCAACCCGGUUUAGUGAAAACGAAGAAACGUAUGGUGGUGAAUAUUAUAUUGGGAUGAAUGAUUUGGGUAAAGUCAAGGAUGGUGCUGGGGAUGUUGCGUUACGGAGAGUGAAGCGAAGCGGUCCCGAACGCCCCGAGUUUAGGGAGAGCCUUAGGACAGGUGGACCCGGUUUGGAAGGAGAGACGUCGGAUGAGAGAAGGAGUCCUGGUCCGUUACUGGACGGACACAGACUGGGCCGAUCCGAAUUCAAGUGGAACAGGGACGAGGGUCGAGGGACUUCCAGAGGAGAAGAUCCCAAACUAAGCAGCACUACUUUCGCCUUGACCGGAGACUCCGCGCAUAACCACGCAGUGGUUUACUGGUCGGGGCAAAACAGCAGCGUGAUCCUGAUUCUGACCAAACUCUACGACUUUCACCUGGGGAGUGUUACAGAGAGCACCCUGUGGAGAUCAACAGACUAUGGAUCCACCUAUGAGAGGAUGAAUGACAAAGUGGGAUCUAAGACGGUGCUGAGUUACCUGUAUGUCUGUCCAUCCAACAAGAGAAAGAUAAUGGUGCUGACAGACCCUGAGUUUGAGAGUAGUGUGCUCAUCAGCUCGGAUGAAGGAGCGAGCUAUCAGAAAUACCGCCUCAGCUUCUACAUCCUAAGCCUUCUGUUCCACCCAACACAGGAGGAUUGGGCCCUAGCCUACAGCCACGACCAGAAGUUGUACGCCUCCCUGGACUUUGGGAGAAAAUGGCAGCUGGUUCAUGAGCAUGUGAACAGGUUCUACUGGUCUGUAACGGGUCUAGACAAGGAGUCAGAUCUGGUUCACAUGGAGGCACACACCCCUAACGGACGUAUACAGUAUGUAACAUGCCGGGCUCUAACGUGCUCAGAGCCCAACAGAAACUACCCCUUCCCUGGAUACAUCGACAUCAGCUCACUGGUGGUCCAAGAUUACUAUAUGUUUAUUCAGGUUACUACAGCAGGACAGGCCAGCUACUAUGUGUCCUACCAGAGGGAUCCAUUCCUCAAAAUCAAACUGCCGAAAUAUUCUCUGCCUAAGGACCUCCACAUCGUCAGCACAGACGAGCACCAGGUCUUCGCGGCGGUGCAGGAGUGGAACCAGAACGACACCUACAACCUGUACCUCUCAGACACCCGGGGCAUCCUCUUCACCCUGGCCAUGGAGAACGUUAAGACUACCCGUGGCCUGGGGGGCAACCAGAUGCUGGACCUGUACGAGGUAGCAGGUAUCAAAGGCAUGCUGAUCGCUAACAGGAGACUGGACAACCAGGUGAAGACCUACAUCACCUACAACAAGGGCCGUGAUUGGAGGUUACUGCAGGCCCCGGCGACCGACCUGGCUGGCAACGAUAUCCACUGCGUACUGCCCUUCUGUUCACUCCAUCUCCAACUGCAGACGUCUGAAAACCCCUACCUGUCAGGCAGCAUAUCAACCAAGGCCUCAGCACCGGGAAUCAUAGUGGCCACAGGGAAUAUUGGGUCUGAGCUGUCGUACAAUAACGUUGGAAUGUUCAUCUCAUCUGAUGCUGGUAACAACUGGAGACAGAUAUUCGAGGAGGAACACAACGUCUGGUUUCUGGAUAAAGGAGGGGCCCUAGUCGCUGUGAAACAACCAACUGUCCCCACCAGACAUUUACAGAUCAGUUUUGAUGAGGGGAGGCAGUGGACCAGACAUAGCUUCUCCUUGGUGCCUCUGUUCGUGGACGGGAUGCUGGUGGAGGCCGGGACAGAGAACCAGAUCAUGACGUUUUUUGGACACUUCAGCCAUAGGUCAGAGUGGCAGCUUAUCAAGAUAGACUACAAGUCCAUCUUCAACAGGAAAUGUACAGAAGGAGACUAUCAGACGUGGCACCUUCACAAUAAGGGCGAGCCGUGUGUGAUGGGCCAGAAACAGAUCUAUAUGAAACGCAGACCAGGAAACUAUUGCAUGCUGGGAAAAGACUACGCCAAAGUCCUCUCUGCUGAGUCGUGUAUCUGUCGGGCCCACGACUUUGAAUGUGAUUAUGGCUAUGAACGGCGUAGAGAAGGGAACUGUCUACCAGCGUUCUGGUUCAACCCAGCUGUUGUAUCAAGGAGCUGCAGCCAAGGACAGAACUACCUCAACAGCACAGGGUACCGAAAAGUGGUGUCCAACAACUGCAUCAAGGGAGUCAAGGACAUGUACACACCCAGGAAGCAGAUGUGUCCCAACAGGGCUCCAAAAGGCCUUUCUCUCUCCACCAGAGAGGGCAAGCUUACCGCCGACCUGGGCACCAACGUCACCUUCCUGGUGCAUCUAGAUGAGUCCUUACUUGAGACUUUACUUGCUUUCCAGGGUGACUCAAUGAGAACCAACAUCCAACUGGAUUUCGGAGAUGGCACGGCAGUCUCCUACUCCAACCUGAGCUGGAUCGAAGAGGGGAUCAGACACGUUUACAAGACGGCUGGGAUUUUCUGUGUCUCGGCCUUGGCAGAGAACACCCUGGGAUUUGAUACCACAACCUUGUACCUCCAUGUUACAUGUAAUGUGGAACAUGUCCAGCUGCUAGCUCCGUUUGUGGCCAUCAAGAACAAGGAAGUAAACCUAACAGCAGUGGUCUGGCCAAUCCACUCCAGGACCCUCACCUACUUCUGGUGGCUGGGGAACAGCACUGAGCCGGUAAUCAGCUUAGACGGGAGCAUCUCGUACACCUUCACCAGCGAGGGAAUGAACACUGUUACGGUCCAAGUGUCUUCAGCAAACGCCAUACUGCAAGACACCAAGACGAUAGCAGUCCAAGAGUUCUUCAAAUCUCUGCUUUUAUCUUUCUCCCCUAAUCUGGACGAGUUCAACCCUGACGUCCCCGAGUGGAGACAGGAUGUGGGGAGAGUCAUUAAGAAGGCUCUGCUCCAAGUGUCAGACUUUCCAGAGGAUCAGCUAUUGGUUGCAGUGUUUCCAGGUGUGCCAACGGCCGCUGAGCUCUUCCUGUUACCACACAAGAACCAAUCAGAGGGCAGGAAAAAGAAAGAGGAGGAGCUAGAGCAGAUCUCUGAGAUACUUGCCAGCGCUCUCAACCAGAAUCUGGUGGAGUUCGAGCUAAAGCCAGGAGAAAGAGUAAUCGUUUACAUCACACAGCUAACUUUGGCACCCUUGGUGGAUUCCAGCCCGAGACACAGCAGUUCAGCCAUGCUGAUGCUCCUAUCAGUAGUAUUCCUGGGUUUAGCAGUGUUUCUCAUCUACAAAUUCAAAAGAAAAAUCCCCUGGAUUAGCAUAUACGCAGAGGUGAACCAGGAGAAAGAGCAGGAGAUGAUCGGUUCGGUCAGCCAGAGCGACAGCACGCCUAAGAUCACCCUCAGUGAGUUCUCCACGCCCACAGAAGUCAUGGAGAAGGAGAUGGACGCCAGGGUUAAACGGCGAAUUGGAAAUGCCUGCGAGAGCACAAGGGAGAUUCCUAACUGUACUAGCGUGUAAAGCCGAGGAAGGAAUGCAACAAAUGUGUACAGACUUAAAGUAUUGCCAUUUUGAGGGUUUUCUCUUUUUUGGUUUCUUUUGUAAUUUCUCAAACACAAACCCAAUGUUAAUAGUUUUCUAAGGACCUCAUUUAUACUAAUGUGCAUGGGUGUCUUGUUUGAUAGCAUCUAUGCGGCGAAUUUGAAAUCCACUCAAUGAGAUAAGUUUUAAUUACAAGUAUGAGCUACUUAGGCCUACUGUUACACAAUUUGGAUUACAAAAAAAAUGUUUAAUUUUCAGUCCAUAAUUGUCUUAUUUCAUGGACAUUUAUCAAAGCCUUUAUCAAAACCUACGAAGAGAAUUAUGUACAUUUCUUAAAGUUUUACUUUUCAUGAGGUAUAAGAGUAUUGUCUGUAUGGGCCAACAUGUCUAGGUCUCCGAUCUAACAGGGAAUAUUAUUGAAAAUGUAUCAAUUUAUCUUUAGAUAUCUGUUAUCGCUCUGUAUAAACUAUAUGUAUAUUUACUUUCCACAUGCUUGUAGUAAAAGUACAAUGCAGAACACAGGAGAUCUAGUCAUGGCCUGUUAUCAGUUCUUAAAAGCGUGUUAAAAAGCAAGAUGUUACUUGUAGAAAGAGUCUAACUUUAUUUGUUUUUAAUGAGGUCCUUGACUUGUGCAUGUUAUUAUUAAGGAUGCCAUUUAUGUGUUGUAGAUAAGCAAGUGUUGUAAAUAGUUAUUUUCUAUUCAUCAAAAGAGCUCAGUAAUUUUUACAUACAGUGUAUAUAUACAGACUCGCAUAUCCGUCAUUUUGUUAAUUUAUGGCUAUACAAUGUAUCUGUCAAAGGGUUUAACUGUUAAGAUGGGAAUCAUUUUCUAAAUAUCAAACCAGGUUUACACAACGCCACCCCUGCUUGACAUGAAAUAAAACACAUAAUUGGUGGUAAUUUUUACAUGCAUCUCAAUGGUUAAACUCUUUGUAACAGACGACACUUUCCAUAAGCAUCAUGGGAUUAUUUAUAUUGUUUGCCCUUUGAAUGUAACGAGAAAAGUGGAAUCAACCAUUUAUGAUCCGUGGAUAUAAUAUGUGUCUGACUCAUCAAGAUGAUCACACGUUGUUGUACAUGUCAAUUGUUAUUACUGAUGAGUAUAUUGUACAAGGCCCUUCAACGUGACAAGGACAAGUAGCUUGGAGGUAUUUUGCAGUGCUAUAGUUUAUCAUGUCCUUUGCUGGCAUCUAUUCAUAGUGUUCUAUCUCUGUAAAGCACAUGAACUCUCAUAGAGUUUCAUGGUAAUCUCCUCAAACAUUAUCUCUCAAAUAUUAUUUCCAUACAAGAAGGGAACAAAACAACGUUGUGUUGACUUUCCACUAAUGUGAUAAGGUGUCUAGAGUAAAAACCUCACAACACACAGAUUUUUAACCACCAUCCCAUCCAUAUGAGUCUUAUCAAAUUAUCCCACUAUCAACACAUUUCAUCAGCUUCAUUUAGCAGUUAGAAACCAACUGAUGAGUCAAGUUCCACCACUUGAAUUCCCUAACGUAGUGAAAUACUGUACACACAACAGUGUGCAUGCUAGCUAGUUGCUAGUUUCCUCCACUAUACUGCUGUGCAAAGCAGUCCUCUGAAAGCUGUAAUCAGCAGGAGUAGGAGCAGGAGCUCCAGUCAGCCAGUCAGCAGCUUGAAGGCACGCACAGGUCCCCUGGCAGCAGGUGUAGCCAGUCUGGCUGUAAACAGAGAUGGGUGGAUGGUUAAGCACCGAAUGCACCAUGCUGAGCUAUCCCAGAAUGCCGUUCCUGGAGACGGCACGUAAUGACACAAAGAAGAGUGAGAGGAGAGAAGGACGGGGAUGUUUAGAGAAUGUUGCACAAGUGUAUUUUCAGUCAUAGGAAAGUGUUUCCCAUGAUAGUGUACAUAAAUGUGUGUUCAGUAGUAAAGGAAAGAGGUGGAGCUUCUGUAUCUGUAGUCCCUUGUUACAUUGUAACAAGAGUGGUGUUACAUUCUAAUAAGAGUGUUAUAGCAGUUGUCACAGCAAGCUGUUGCUGUAGCGACAACUAACAUUGUAAUGAUGCCUGAAAUUCCAUCCACAGUGACAGUUUUUUCCGCUCCGGUUCCAUUCUCCCUGACACGACAUACCAAAGCGGCACUUUCUUUUGUUGAACGAUAAUUGCAUCAUCCUCACUCAUCUCACUGUCCCUAUUUGGUUUGUUGAUGACAACUCAUUUUGAUGUUCUCAAUGUCAUGCUGGCUUUGUUCAAAUACUUAUAAGAAAGAUUAUCGUAGUGACAGAUAACGGGAACAUGGAAGUGUUUCUUCUUUGUCAUCUCUGCCACCACCAGUUCCUAAGGCGACUCCUCCACUGCCUCCACUGGUAGACAAAGCUGAACUAGCUGAGCUAGAAGGUCACUGAGAGUUCAUCAACAUGUAAAAUUCCUUUUAUUUCUCCUGAAUUUCGUCGGAAAGACAUUCCUUCGGCAUGUAAGGCCAUUAUAACGGUGGAGUACAACCAUUCAUCCCAUGAGCCUCAAAGCUCCUUUCGCCCUAUGAGCAGGAAACAUGCAUUUGCAUUUUAGCCUUGGUCGUCGAUCAUUCAACAGUGCUAAGUUCUUCAGACAUCAGUGGUAAGUUCUUCAGAGGCAAGACUUAUUCUGAAAAUAUAUUUUCUGUACUGCUGCAGGUUUGUAGGGAAAGUCAUUGGGUUUUGUGACAUGUGUUACAUUUUGUGUGCUUAUUUAUUAGUGUAGAUAUUUUGUUCUGCAAUGUUCGUUUGAAUAGUUUUAUCAUGUGUUCAUUGCUUUACAUCAGAUUCUACUGAGCUGGUUUUAUUAAUUUUUGGUACAAAUGUUGAACACCAAUUAUAAGAUUAUCUAUGAAAUCUGAAAGGGAAUCAAGAUUGUAAAAAGGGAAAUUAGGAAAUCUUAGCUUACAUAGAUGCGGUGAAGAGGUCAAUGGAAUUCGACCAAAACUAUGGAAAUGCCAAGUGUGGGGGAAAGAUGCCAUAGCGGAAAUUUCUUGAAUCUCCUCAUUAUUUCCCCACAGCAAAAUUAGCCUACAUUAAUGCAAUUGUUUAUAUGUGUAUUUCACACUAUGUUGAGGAAAGAAUCGGAGUAUUACGCUGGUAUGGAUGUCAUCGUCACCAAUCAACUGCAUUACAGUUCAAAACGACUGUGACUACCACCACCGAUUUCUGUAUGUUAGCUAUGCUACUAGCUUAUACGAACGGGAGUUAGCAUUUAGCAGUCACCUCUUAAAACCUGAAAAGGGACAACUUCUAAAUGUUAUGCAGCGAAACAGCCAAAUAUAUGCAAAUCACACUUUAGUAACCACUUUGUGGGUCUGUUACAAUACAUCAAUCGUAACGGAUUUGACAACUACCUACUUUGUUAGAUCAGAUUUGUUGAACGCCAAUCCCCAAAGUCUGCUUUCAUUGACCUCUUUAACACAUUUAUUCUAAUUCUAAGGGCAGACCAUUGUAAUACUCUUCAUUGCACAAAUCCUAAAAAUGCAUGCGUCAUCAGUACGGUUCUGUUUAAUCUUUAUUUCAAUAUUUCUACUGUAAAGAAACUGUCAUUUUGAAAUUGUUUCAAAUAAAUGUAUUUUUGUACAUCAAAGCA